CAGGUUCACACGGGCGAGAAGCCCUAUGGCUGCUUCACCUGUGGCAAGAGCUUUUCCCGGUUGUCGGGGCUGCGGGUGCACCAGCAGGUACACAGCAGUGAACGGCCCUUCACCUGCUCCGACUGCGGAAAAGGUUUCAAGUUGUCGCCGGAACUGAAUGUGCACAGGCGCCUGCACACCGGGGAGCGACCCUACACCUGCAGCAACUGCGGCAAGGGCUUCACCCAGACCCAAAACCUGCGGUUGCACCAGUGCACCCACAUCGGCGAGCGCCCCUUCACAUGCGCCCAGUGCGGCAAGGGCUUCACCAGCUCCACCAGCCUGCUGUCCCACCAGCGGGUGCACUCCAGCAAGAGGCACUUUGGCUGCUCCGACUGCGGCAAGGACUUCAAGGGGGCGCAAAAUCUGAAGAUCCACCAGCGGGUGCACACGGGCCAGAAGCCCUAUGGCUGCUCCACCUGUGGCAAGAGUUUUGCCCGGUCGUCAGGGCUAUGGCGGCACCGGCAGGUGCACGGCAGUGAGUGGCCCUUCACCUGCUCCGAUUGCGGCAAAGGCUUCAAAUCGUCCACGAACCUGACGGUUCACUGGUGCCUGCACACUGGGGAGCAGCCCGACACCUGCAGCGACUGCGGCAUGGGCUUCACCCGCUCCACCAGCCUGGUGCUGCACCAGCACACCCACACCGGCGAGCGACCCUUCACCUGCGCCCAGUGCGUCAAGGGCUUCAUCAACUCCUCCAACCUGCUGUUCCACCAGCGGGUGCACGCGUACGACCGCCCCGUCUCCAGCCCGGUGUGUGAAGAGAGUUUUGCCAUGGACUCCCACACCAGUGGCCACUCGCGGGUGUUGCGGCAUCACCGACGGGCCCACGCCGGCUAG